AAACCCCUCUCCUUUAUUUUCCUUCUUCUGCAAGGUUCAUUCUAUUUUCUCGGCAACCAAACAGGGGAAGACCGAUGGAGUUGGAGAAUUUCGAACCGAUAUUUGGAGAACCGAAAGUCGAGUGGACCGGCUCGGCUUCGGGUUCCGUGAUUCGGUUCUUACUCUAUGUCUUCGCGCCUAAUUCCUCUAACCUAAUUAUCCAUGCCACCGAUUUUCACUCCAAUACUUGGGAGGCUAAACGCUCCGUUUUGCAGCUUGAGGACAUGAGGGACGAAAUUGGAGUAGGGGGCUCGUGGUCAGAGUUCAUUGACUAUGUUGUCUCUUCCAUUAAAUCGGAAGAUGUAAAGCUUGUUCUAGGGGGAUCUUCAGACUCAGAUGGUGUUGCAUAUGCAAAAUUAGUAGCUCAAAAAUCGAAAGGAAUGCCAUUAGUAUCCAUUUCUCUCACAAGACUUGAGGGAUCUGUUGCUUCUAAGGCUAUGGAAAAUCUGUCUUUACAGCUGUUCAAAGCUUUCAAAAGCACGCAACAUUUACUUACAAAUGAGCAAGAACGCUCUCUUCAGCUAACAAAAGUGAUAUCGGUUGAGAAGGAAAGGAAUGAAAGUAUUCAGAACCAACUUUUGAAUUCAAAAAGACAGAAGUUGCAAAAGAUGAAUUCCUCAGAAAAAGCCGAAUUUUUAGCUCCUUUAAUGAGUAAUGGUUUGCAAGAUUCUCCAGAUAAACAAGCAGCUCAAAGUCCCAUCUCAACCAAAGUUGCUAAUCGAGUAGUACCAGCAUACCGCAGGGCAAAAGUACGGGGUGCUUUACUGCAAGAUUCUGAAGAUGAUAAAGAUAACUAGAGUUGGAGAAAUGACAGUUUUAUUACUAUGAGCUGCAUCAAAGUCUCAGUUUAUGACCAUGAAAUUCAGCAAUCAGAACAACACUAAAGAAUUCGGUUAUAAAACAUCAGACUAACACUAGAAGAGAGUUCAUGUAAAUGCUGGUUAUCUUCCAAUAUCUUGUAUUCCAUUUACCAAGAUGUAUUAGGUAUUUUCCUAUAGAAAAGUUUGAUUUCUGGAUUAGAUAGUUUUAUUGUUGUACUGUUAACAAUCUUGUAAAUACUACCUUUUUAAGUCUCUGAUCUGUUUCUCUUAUAGCCGCUGGAAUGGUUAUAGAGUGUAUUUUUUUUUUUUUUUUUUUUGGGGGAUGGGUCUGAAAAUUUCUGAUGGUUUAUUUUCUUGGCCAUCAAAGCAUAGUAAAGUGUAUAAUACAACUAUUUGUAUA